UUUUAUUAGACAUGUUGUGAUGUUUAAUGAGCAAGAGAUGGUUGUUGAUUGUACUUGCAAGUCAUAUGGAGAGAUAGGAGUUCUUUGUUCUCAUAUUCUUCGAGUUUUCAUUGUCCAUAAUGUUGAAGAGAUUCCCAAACAAUACAUUAUGAAGAGAUGGACCAAAAAGGCUAUGAACACGAUUGUUGAAGAAGGAGAAGAUAGAGAUAAUGAAGUAAGUGUUGUUUCUGCUUCAGUUUGGAGGAUGCAAAGCAUAAAAAAUUGCAUUAAAGUUAUAAAUGAAGCUCAACAUUGUCCGGCUGCAAGGAAGCUUAUUGAUUUGGGUGUGUUGGAUAUGUCAUGCAAAGUAAAGGAGUAUAUUGGUGGUGUUGAAGGGGAUGGUAAUGUAUCAAACAAGUAUGUGCGAGAAGAAACUCUACUUGAUGUCGUUGAGCCUUCAACAGACACAGUUUUGCCGGAUGUUGUGGAACCGAUUGCUGAAAAAGUCAUUCCAACAAUGAUUCAAAAUCCACCAAAGCGAAAGAGGAAGAUUAAGAACGGGACUGAAAAGGCUAAUGAGAGGAAUGUGAGACCUAAAGGAAUUGUUGAGAAGAAACGCAAUAAACUGAAAGGUUGGAACAAGAGAAGAGAAAGACAUGUUGAUAAUUUGAGGGAGGAAACUCAGUCUACUGAUCAGUGUAUCAUAAAUUUACCUGUUGGUGGGGUUUUGGUUCAUCCAACAUCUUCAAAUUCACAAUUGGAAGCAUAUGUUCCAGAUGAUUAUUUUGGAGUACACAUACAACCUUUGUAGAUUCAUUUACGAUUGGUAAUAUUUUGAUUUUUAGUUUGUUGUGUUUUUAAUCAUUUGUUUUUGUAUUCUCAAUAAUGUUCUUUUACUCUUUUGAUGUAUAUUUUUACGGGCUACUGAUGUUUCGCUCAAUCAAUAUUUUGAAAUGAGAAUUUUUAGUUGUA